AUGGUCGAGUUCAUCGGAGCUGCCGCUGCGAUCCCGCAGCUUGCGAAAUACAGCUUCAGCGCUGUUAAUGCUGUACCAGACUUCGCACGACGAGUUCGCAAGGCUCCCGCUACCCAAGGACGUCUGAUCGACCAGGCAACGCUGCUUACCAAAGCGUCGCUAGAAACUUGUAGACCACUCAAUAACAAUGUUGUUCCUUCAUCAAUCAUGGAUCGCCUCACUGAAGACCUGAACAGUGUCCAAGCAGUACUGCACAAAACCACGAUACAUACCGAUGAUGGGAAGAUAGCCAAGAUAUGGAAGAACAUCAGGGUCGUAAGAAAAGAGACUGAAUUGAACAAAGAGAUGCUAGCUAUAAGCCAGCGUAUUGUUUUAUGCGCUCAUCUAGCCACGCUGAAUCACGUGAACAGCAUGUCGACUGUUCAUGGUCUGUCGUCCUCAGCUUCGACCAAUACAUUGGUCUCCUAUAAUAUCCAGUCAACGGCGACUGCACCACCAAUACUUCUCAAUCAGCUCUUGACCUCCACCACGCAAAAUUUGAAGUUCAUAGGACAUGCAGAUCUACUGCACAAGCUCUCGACGAAGAUCAAAGGGGCAGCGCAAUCUUUGACCGCCAUACAUGGCCUAGGAGGGCUUGGGAAGUCCGAUCUAGCGAUUGAGAUGGCAUACUGCAUCCAUGAAGACACAUCAGACCUCUCUAUCUUCUGGCUUGAUGCCACUACCACUGAUACUUUGACUACAGGGCUUUGCGCGAUCGAUGGGCUUACGGAUAUCGCCAACAAUACGUCAGAAGCUUUAACAGCGGCUGUAAUACAAUGGAUGAGAUCACCCGUCCUAUUCAAACGUCUUUUGAUCAUUGACAACGUUGACGUAGACUCAGCCUCCAACACGACUCUGGAAAACUUGUUGCGCCCCACGCGCGAUCAUCACAUUCUGUUCAUUACCCGUAGUCGCCGAAUCGCAUUGCGUUAUGCGCACCCGACUGAUAUCAUCGAUAUGCCUACCAUGUCCGAAGGCGAUGCGCAACAGUUGUUGCUUUCGUACAUCGGAGCAGGUGCUUGGGACGAAGAAUCCAUGAUGAGUUUAGUGGAAAAGCUCGAGUAUCAUCCGCUAGCAAUCAAAAGCGCUGGGAUAUACAUAGCAUCCACCGGUACUCGGCUGACAGGAUUUCUCGCGCUCUUAGAACAAGAUGCGAUGUUCCUGACUGCGCUACUCGACGGAACGGCGGUUUUUCCGCAUCCCACAGCGGUACGUCAAGGAGAUCAUGAUCGCAUAUACACGCUCAAAUCCCUUGUAAAAUGCAAUGGAGAUAUUCCUACAAUCCUCUUCGUCCUGUCGAGCUUGGACUGUUCAGACCUACCAGAUGAGUUCAUUUCAACUCUUGCGAACACGGAGUCGAGAAGAGAAGCAAUCGACGUCCUCAAAGCAUAUUCGCUUCUCAAGCCCAUUACGCGGACCACGAGAUGGAGGAUACCGGAGCUCGUGAGGCACACCGCAAGAGGUCAACUGCUUUGCAGCCCCAACCGUGCUCGAUUCCUGGCAGCCGCUCUCCAAUUCGUUGCCCAACUCGGAGCACCACCUAUGACUGCAACAAAUUUCGCUCAGAAAUGUCAUUUGCACAUAGCCUCGGUGUUAAUGGCUGUUUUCACACUCGCUCCUGAACGAGAGUUUUCGCCGGGCAUAAUUAAGCUUGCCUUCCAAAUGUCAACCAUAUUGUGCCAACUUCUGGUUAACCAAGGAAAAGCAUACGAAGCAAUCGCUGCGUCCUCUCGAUUCAUCUCCUGGGCUCCAAUCAGUGUGCAAAAGCUCGUCACUGCCUCCGACAGACUUCGCAGCAAGAUCGGCGUUGCUUAUUAUGGAAACGGGGAUUUUACAGCUGCGGAAACUAUUACGAGAGAGGUACUUCGAUCGCAGAUCUACACUAUCGGAGAAGAUCACCUAGAAACUCUUCAUAGUCUCAACAAUAUUGGCUUGUAUCAAUGGGAGCAGGGUCGGUUCUCUUUAGCGGAGCGUUGUCAUCGCAAAGUGCUGGAGCUGAAGCGUAUUGUAUGCGGGCCGUGUGACUUAGAAAUCUUCUUCACUUUUAAUAAUCUUGCGCUGUCACUGGAAAGCCAAGGAAACUUCGAAGAAGCCGAGAUCUAUCUUGUCCAAGCGUUGCGCGGACGACAAGCAAGGCUUCCAGAUUCACAUCCCGACGUCCUCGUCAGUAAGAGCAAUCUCGGUGUUCUCAGGGGGCUACAAGGACGGUCUAAACAAGCUCGGCGGCUACAUGAGGCUGCAUUGAAAGGCCGACAGGUUGCCCUGGGUUCGACACACCCAGAUACAUUGAAGAGCAAAGGUAAUCUAGCAUUGGAGCUCCAGAAAGAAGGUCUCUACGACGAAUCAGUCCAGCUCCUUCACAACAUCUGCCAAACAUACAAAACAGAACUGGGCCCGUCACAUCCGCAGGCCAUCAAGUCUCUCCGCAACCUUGCCUACGUUCUACACCAGCAGUCCAAAUUUGCAGAAGCAGAAGCGUUGAUACGAGAAGUUCUCGAUACAUUGGAAGAGAAGCAUGGCAAGGGUCAUCCGGAAACGUUCAAGACAAUACACUAUCUGGCUACGCUCUUGCAUUGGCAAGAUAGACUCGAAGAGGCGUUGGGGAUGAUGGCAUUACUUUAUAAUAUGCAGAAAGCGAUGUUGGAGGAAAACCAUCCAGACACGAUGUACAGUAGGAGAUACCUCGCGGAGUUGGAAGCAGAGCUAGUGGCGAGUGGGCAAGACUCUCACAUCAUUAUCUCUUACGUGUUCUAG